AUGAACUUUUCACGAUAUCAAUUCCCACCAAUUUUCUGUACCGAUCAGAAUGGCGGGAACCAGAACCAGAAUGGUGGGAACGUGCAGAAUGGCGGGAACCAGAACCAGAAUGGCGGGAAUGUGCAGAAUGGCGGGAACCAGAAACAGAAUGGCGGGAACCAGAAACAGAAUGGCGGGCACCAGAACCAGGAUGGCGGGCACCAGAACCAGAAUGGCGGGCACCAGAACCAGAAUGGCGGGCAACAGAACCAGAAUGGUGGGAACGUGCAGAAUGGCGGGAACCAGAAAAAGAAUGGCGGGAACCAGAACCAGAAUGGCGGGAACCAGAAACAGAAUGGCGGGCACCAGAACCAGGAUGGCGGGCACCAGAACCAGAAUGGCGGGCACCAGAAACAGAAUGGCGGGCAACAGAACCAGAAUGGCGGGCACCAGAACCAGAAUGGCGGGAACCAGAAACAGAAUGGCGGGAACCAGAACCAGAAUGGCGGGCACCAGAACCAGAAUGGUGGGAACCAGAACCAGGAUGGCGGGCACCAGAACCAGGAUGGCGGGCACCAGAACCAGAAUGCCGGGAACGUGCAGAAUGGAGGGAACAUGCAGAGCGUGCACCAAUUUUCUGUCCACAUCUUCUUGAUGACAGUGUUGCAGGCGAAUGGAGGGCAGGCGAAUGGAGGGCAGGCGAAUGGAGGGCAGGCGAAUGGAGGGCAGGCAAAUGGAGGGCAGCAGAAUGGAGUGCAGGAGAAUGGAGGGCAGGCAAAUGGAGAGAACGGAGGGAACCAGCCUGGAGGUCAGCAGAACGGACCGAACCAGCACGGACCGAACCAGCACGGACCAAACCAGCACGGACCAAACCAGCACGGACCGAACCAGCACGGACCGAACCAGCACGGACCGAACCAGCACGGACCGAACCAGCACGGACCGAACCAGCACGGACCGAACCAGCACGGACCGAACCAGCACGGACCGAACCAGCACGGACCGAACCAGCACGGACCGAACCAGCACGGACCAAACCAGCACGGACCAAACCAGCAUGGACCGAACCAGAACGGAGGAAACAACAAUGCUGGGCACACCGGCGGCAACAAUGGCAACGUACCACCUGUCACCCCUGCUGAACCCCCAGUUCAACCCGGGGUACCCGGCUGGUAG